GCGCAUCCAUACCUCUAUGCACGGGUGAUCGGGCUGUUUCAUGUGCACGCAUACCUUGCAGGGUGCGAUCCGUUGGAUGCUGAUGAUACAGAGCCCAGGCCAUUUCAGGUACUUUGGCUGCGAUGGUUCGACGUCGAUUUGUGCGCACCGGGGAUCAAGUUGCGACGUUUGCCACGGCUGAAAUGGGCAAGCACUGGUGAUGAGGCUUUCGGCUUCAUUGCACCUCGACAGGUCCUCCGCGCCGCCCAUCUCAUCCCCGCUUUCCAUUACGGACAAUCCGACGCGGCGCUCCCUGGUUCGAGCAUUGCUCGACAAGAAGAAGAAAAUGACAUAGAUUGGACAUACCACUACGUUGGAAUAUUUGCCGACCGCGACAUGCUUAUGCGACAUGUAGGAGAUGGCGUCGGUCAUCAGAACACU